UCUUUUUUUUUUUUUUCUUUUUCUUUCUUCUUCUGCGAUUUCGAAGAUGAGCGACGAUAUUUUCGACAUUGACGAUGUCAACAUGUCUGGGAUGAUGUCGAACGGCGGCGUUGGCGGAGUCAGCGGAGGCAGUCGGCUCCAGAAUGUUGUCGGUCACCAUUCGCAGUCGCAACAGCAGCAACAGCAGCAACAGCAGGGCCAGCAGCAGCAGCAGCAGGCUGACUAUUACUACUACCAACAGCAGCAGCUUCAACACCAGCAGCAACAGCAGCAACAGCAACAGCAGCAGCAGCAGCAGCUCCAGCAACGAUUGCUUCAUCAGCAGCAGUUGCAGCAGCAGCACGACGACGCGGACAGCCAGCGCACCGAUUCCGGCGGCUCCGUCUUUGAGGAGACUGACGAAGAGAUUCCUGAUUUGCUGCUGAACGGAGCCGGAGCUGGAGCCGCAGCCGCAGUGGACGGCGCGGGCAUCGACAUUCUGAAUGGCGCUGGCGGGCUGGGCCUGCUGGAGGAAGGCGUGGUAACCGAGUCGCUGCCAGUCAUGGACCUCGUCAACCAUAUGAACCACAGCCGCCACCAGAACGAGAAGAUUGGUCCGGCAGACUUUCAGCUGCUCAAGGUCCUCGGCAAGGGCGGCUAUGGCAAGGUCAUUCAAGUGCGGAAAGUCUCGGGUCCGGAUGCGGGCAAGAUCUUUGCCAUGAAGGUGUUGCGCAAGGCACACAUUAUUCGCAAAAAGAAGGACACGGAACACACCAAGGCCGAGCGGAGCAUUCUGGAAGAAGUCAAGCACCCUUUCAUCGUGUCGCUGCAGUACGCCUUCCAGACAGACGACAAGCUCUAUCUCAUUCUCGACUAUGUCGCCGGCGGCGAGUUGUUUGCCCAAAUGGAUCGCGAGGGUAUUUUCCUUGAAGACGCUGCCAGUUACUAUCUUGCGGAGAUUGUGCUGGCACUGGGUCAUUUGCACAAGCUCGGCAUCAUUUACCGCGAUUUGAAACCAGAAAAUGUCCUCUUGGAUUCUCACGGUCACGUCGUUCUAACCGAUUUUGGCUUGAGCAAAGAGUCCAUUCAUGAACCCACGGAUCGUACACACACAUUCUGUGGCACCAUCGAGUACAUGGCACCCGAGAUCUUGACACAACAAGGCCAUGGAAAGGCGGUUGAUUGGUGGAGCUUGGGAGCUCUCAUGUAUGACAUGCUGGCAGGCCAGCCUCCAUUCGUAUGCAACAACCGAAAAGCGACCAUGGAAAAGAUUGUCAAGGGAAAGCUCAAGCUGCCACCCUACUUUUCUCCGAAUGCCUGCGACUUGCUCAAGAAGCUUCUCCGACGAAACGUUUCUACUCGUCUUGGCAGCGGCGAAAUGGACAUGUACGAAAUCACCGCCCACCCGUUCUUUGCCCACAUUGAUUUUCAAAAGCUGCUCAAUCGAGAGAUCGAGAUGCCCAUCCAGCCUCGCAUUGAAAACGAGGAGGACACGCGCAAUUUCGACGCCCAAUUCACCAACAUGACUCCGGUGGACUCGCCGGUCGAUUACAAACUGAGUGCCAGCGCAAGCAACAUUUUCUCGGGCUUUACUUACGUGGCGCCGUCGCUGAUGGAUGCCAUGAUGGCCGAGGAUGGAUUUGCCCAAGAAGGGGCCGCCGCGCCGAAUUCUCACUCCAACGUCGGCAGUCUGCGCGGGCUGCGUGAUAGCCUGACAUCAGCAAUGCGUUCCAACAAUCGCCGCAUGUACAGCAGCUCUCCGCGUGUCGCGCGCGGCGGGAGCCAUGCCUUGGCGUCCAGCCCGCACUUCGGCCCAGCGAGCUUUGGCCAGCACGGCACGCAGAUGGCCUUCAACUUGCAGUGGGGAGGCAAUGCGGCCAGCUACAACCAGUCCCAAUUUGCCCCGCAAUCACAGCAGCACCAGCAGCACGAACAGCAGUCUCAUCUUCAGCUCCCCCACCAGCAACACGCACACCCCCACCAACUGCACCAUCAACAGAUGCACAUGCAACAACCAAAUUUCAAUUUCAACGAGCCGCAAACCCAGCAGCAGCAGCACCAACAGCAGCAGGUACAUCAACAACACCAACAGCAGCAACAGCACCAGCAGCAGCAGUCUCACCACGGCGGCUUGUCCAACCUGUACUCUUCGCAGCAGUCUUUGCAAAGUCACGAUCUCAACUAUCAAUUACAAAGUCACUUGCAUCUUCAGCAACUCAACCCGGCCUACGGAAACAUGCAGCAGCCGCUCCACUCUUCGCAACCCGCGUCUCCCCAGCGCGACAGCAUGAUGAUGCCGCCACAAGCAAACCGCGGACCCCCGCAGUACACCACGCAGACCUCUAUUCCCGGCUUGCGGCAUCAUGGGUCGGCCAGCAAUCUGCACUCGCUCGGUCAGCUGGACGUGGUCAACUCGCAAAACUACCUCAACCAGCAAUUGCACAACGCUACCCUUGCGAAUGCACAGGCCAUGGGCUUUGCUCCUGGGCUGGCUCGACAGGGCAGUGGGCUCAGUGGCUACGCGUCUCCGCCUCGGAUAAUCUCCACGACUGCAGGGCGACCCAUCAAUAAUGCUGGGGCAUACGGCCGGCAUCACAACAAUGACUUUAUGUGAUGCAAUCAUCUUUUCAUGCGAUUUUGUACUUUAGGGGGAUUCGAGGCGUGUUUCAAAGACAUGCACGCUCCUCCCGCCGCGUUUUCAUUUUUUUUCAACCGGAUUGUCAAACUAAGCGCGGUUUUUUUUUCCUUGCAUUGCUUUUGAUCACUUUCCUUGUAUGCUUUCACAUUUUAAAAGAACGAAUUCCGAUCGUGUUGCUCGCUUCAUCUUUUGGAAACCACCCCAAACGCUCAUCACCAUCUUGGAGGACUGUUCAAGAAGAA